GUAACAAGUCUUCGUAGUGAGAAUGGAGACAUCCACAUAUGCUUUAAGAUUCAGUACAUCCACGGUAAAAUCGCUGAACAUGUAAAACUCAGACUCCCAUCAGCCCUUGCGAGAGCAUUUACAACAGAAACCAUCUUCCGUGUCUGCUGACUGCCGGGCGGCUCCAGUUAAAUUAUAGUUAUAUAAGUUAUUGAAAUGUUGGGGAAACGUGGAACUUGAUGUUUUGUGUGCGGCAGCAGGACGCAUCUGCCCUGCUAACAUCUCUUGGUUGGCUGAGUCUCACUUCCUUUCUUUGACGGGACAGGUCACCUCCCCCCCGUGCAAGCCAAGAAAGAUCAUUGUCAUGGACUGAAGACCAGUUUGUUGUGAGCUGUGGGCAAUACAGACCGUAGCAGCAAUGAAAGCUGGAGGCUGGACGGCGGUUUGGUUUAGAGCUGCAGCUGCCUGCGUCCUCACCUUGUGUUUUGGCUGUUUACACGUGGUCACUCUCAAGUCCCAACCUCUCACCAGGUUCGGUGGGUUCCCCCAGUCCACUGGGCCCCCCAUCAGCUAUGAAACCUUUUACUUUGGCCAGAAGAUUGAUCAUUUUGGAUUCCUAGAGGAUGGCACCUUCAAACAGAGAUACCUUGUGGCUGACAAACACUGGCAGCAGCCUGGAGGACCGAUUAUGUUCUACACUGGCAAUGAAGGCGACAUCACCUGGUUCUGCAACAAUACGGGCUUCAUGUGGGAAAUAGCAGAGGAGCUGGGAGCCAUGCUGGUUUUUGCAGAACAUCGUUACUAUGGAGAAUCCCUGCCGUUUGGACAAGACUCUUUCAGUGACAGCAAACACAUGAACUACCUGACCUCAGAGCAGGCCCUGGCAGAUUUCGCAGUACUGAUUCAAAACCUGAAGAGCACUUUACCUGGAGCUCAGCACAGCCCGGUGAUCGCUGUUGGAGGCUCCUAUGGAGGGAUGCUGUCUGCCUGGUUCAGGAUGAAAUACCCCAAUAUAGUUAUUGGAGCUCUGGCAUCCUCUGCACCAAUAUGGCAGUUCCCUGGUAUGGUGCCAUGUGGAGACUUCUACAAAAUAGUAACGCAGGACUUCGCCAAGAGUGGCUCUAACUGUGAUGCAAACAUCAGAAAGUCAUGGAAGGCUAUAAACAAUGUCUCUUCCACUGCGUCUGGUCUUCAGUGGCUGUCGGAAGAAUUCAGUUUAUGCACCCCUCUUAAAAACAAGAAUGAUGCCAUUGUCCUCAAGAAUUGGCUUCAGGAGACUUGGGUGGAUCUGGCUAUGGUGGACUACCCUUAUGAAGCUAAUUUCCUCCAGCCGCUGCCUCGCUGGCCGAUCCAGGUAGUGUGCAAGUACCUUGGUUUCAGUUCCACUGUGUCCGACUACCAGCUGCUGCACGGUGUUUCCCAAGCAGCCAAAGUCUACUAUAACUACACCGGAAGCACUUCUUGUCUCAACACAUCUCAGACAGCCACUGGCAGUAUUCUCGGCUGGACUUACCAGGCCUGCACAGAGAUGGUGAUGCCCAUGUGCACCGAUGGCAUCCAGGAUAUGUUUGAACCUGAGGAGUGGAACUUCCAGGCCUUCUCUGACGAGUGUAACGCCAUGUUUGGUGUCAGGCCACGAGCUGACUGGGCAGACACAGUUUACGGAGGGAAGGACAUCGCCUCUCACAGCAACAUCAUCUUUAGUAAUGGCGGACUCGAUCCGUGGUCGGCCGGUGGAGUGACUCACAACAUAACUGAUUCUCUGGUUUCCAUUAUGAUUCCUGACGGAGCCCAUCACUUGGACCUCCGUUACAGCAAUGACCAGGACCCUGCUUCAGUUCGUGCAGCCCGAGCAAUAGAGGUGAAGUAUUUUCAGAAGUGGAUCAGGGAGGCUGAAAAGACUGCAUCCAAACCCUAGCCUCUGUCCAAGUAGCUUUAAUUUGCACACACUGUAUUUCACAGGGUGCUCUCGCUGUCAUGAUGCCAAAGAUUGUCUUUUUAAAAACAAUGCUGGAGAUGAUGCACGUACUUUUUUUAUUUUAAAUUUUCAGUAUCACUUUUUAAGUAACACUUUCAGUCACUUGAAAUGUUUCUUUUCAUACCUGUGUUCAGUGCACAGUUUUCUUUGACCUGUUCUCUGUUCCAAACUAUGCAUUUCCUUCGGAUAGGAAGGUACUGUUAGGUAUUUUUAGUCAGAUAGAAAUUGGUUAGAUACUUUAUGUAUUAGAAAUGUUUAGUGGAGAUA